UAGUGCGCGUCGUCUACGUAGGGCACGUAAGCGCUUUGUUGCGCGUCUUGACGUCAUCUUCACGAGCCUCUCAUAUCUAGUGACCUUUCUUAGCGCUCGUGCAGUAGUGUCCGGUGUCCGGAAGGUAUAAGAAGAAUCUAAACCUGCUUUUAAAAAGACCACUAUGGGUGACGUCGAAAAGGGAAAGAAGGUCUUCGUCCAGAAGUGCGCCCAGUGCCACACAGUUGAGAACGGCGGCAAGCACAAGGUCGGGCCCAAUCUCUGGGGUCUGUUCGGACGUAAGACGGGUCAGGCUGAGGGCUUUUCCUACACAGAUGCCAACAAGAGCAAAGGCAUUGUUUGGAGUGAGGAUACUCUGAUGGAGUACUUGGAGAACCCCAAGAAAUACAUUCCGGGCACGAAAAUGAUCUUCGCCGGCAUCAAGAAGAAGGGCGAGCGUGCAGACCUUAUCGCAUACUUGAAGUCUGCCACAUCGUAACACCGUUCUAUUCACAGAGGGCACGUAGAUAUUUAAAAUAAAACUUCUGUAACUUUUUUCUUUUUUGUCUUUUAACAAUACCUACUCGAACAAUGUAAGUCAUCACUAAACAUCCUGGACUGUUGAAUUCUGGACAUAGAGUCACGGUGCACCCGCUGAUGCCCGACCGUCUCAGCAGUGCGAGUUCCUGUUGUCUUUUUUUGUCCCGGUGUUCACAGGAGCUGUACGCUGGUUAAUUUAAUUGUAAAGUCUGUAUAUGGAUUGAGUUACUCUGUGACAGCCAAUGUUGAUGUGCUUAGCGGUUGUUAUGGUAACCUAUGUACCAGAUGGAAUUAAAGCCCAAUAAUAAAUGUAAAAAAAAAAUCUCCCUUUCCUGCUUUGUGCAUACGUCUGUAGAGGACUUCUGCAAUAAAAGGGAUCCCAUAUAACCGUAAAGUUUUGUAUGACACACUGAUAUCCGCCUUGUGUUCUUUAUCUACAGAAGACUGGAUGGUACAUUCUUAGAUAAAACACGUACAGCAGUGUCUUUCUAUCAGAAAGAGUUCCACUUUACGGUUUUGUUGCAUUACAGGAGUCUAUUAUCCAGUAAACUGAGACAAAUUAGCCCUAUUUUAAUUGGCCAGCAUAUAGUAGGUAUUAAUUAUGCAGACACGACAUGGAGCAUGUCAUCUCUAGUGACAUCACAGCUUUGAGCUGGCUGUAGAUCUACACAACAGUAUUUGUGUAGAUAUUUACAGUGAUGUACAGUCUUGAGCGUUCAUGACACCAAAUGGUUGAACAUAUACACCGAUCAGGCAUAACAUUAUGACCACUGAGAGGUGAAGUGAAUAAGACUGAUGAUCAUCUCAUCAUGGCACCUGUUAGUGGGUGGGAUAUAUUAGGCAGCAAGUCAACAUUUUGUCCUCAAAGUUGAUGUUAGAAGCAGGAAAAAUGGACAAGCCUAAGGAUUUGAGCGAAUUUUAUAAAGGGCCAAAUUGUGAUGGCGGAUAGACCACUGGAUCAGAGCAUCUCCAAAACUGCAGCUCUUGUGGGGUGUUCCCGGUCUGCAGUGGUCAGUAUCUAUCAAAAGUGGUCCAAGGAAGAAACAGUGGUGAACCGGCGACAGGGUCAUGGGUGGCUGAGGCUCAUUGAAGCACGUGGUGAGUGAAGGCUGGCCCGUGUGAUCCGAUCCAACAGACGAGCUACUGUUGCUCAAAAGAAGUUAAUGCUGGUUCUGAUAGAAAGGUGUCAGAAUACACAGUGCAUUAUGGGUCAGGGCUGUUUUGGCAGCAAAAGAGGGAACAACACCAAUAUUAGGCAGGUGGUCAUAAUGUUAUACCUGACCAUUAUCAAAAUCUUUGAUAUUUGUGAUUUUGUCCUUCUAGAGCACUGACUAAAAAAAGCCUUCUUUCUAAAGAGCUGUCCAGUGUCCUGCUUUUCUUUAGUCAGUAAAAUUUGGAAGGUCAUUGCAAAAUUGUACCUUUGAUUUUUUGUUCUUUUAAUCAUCAUUAAAAGAACAAAAAAUCAAAGGUACAAUUUUGCAAUGACCUUCCAAAUUACAGGACAUGGUUAUGUCAGAGAUAAUGUACAAUGUGAAAUUAUUUAGGAAAGUGACAAUCCCAUGUAUCCCAUGUAACUUAUGAAAGUGGAUUGUUUAUAAUCAUAACCCCCCCUUUUUUUUUGAAGGGUUAAGGGUUUGAAGAAUGCCUACAUUUUAAAAGAAAAUCUAGUAUCCAUGCUAAUGAGGACAUUAAGCACAUUCUAAUCAUCAGCAUAAAUGAAUUAUUUAUUUUAAAUCUUUAAAGGGUUGUGCAUUCAAGGUGACCGUGUUAUCAUCACUGGAAGUAAAGAAAAGCAAAUGAGAGAACGUGUAUAUAUAUUUCCUCUUCCUGUCUUCUUCAGGUCAUAUGGAUGAUGAAACUUCCUGCUGAAUAUGUGACUAGUGCAAUAUUCUAGAUAUUUCUCAGGGAUGAGUGAGUCUGUUCGGGUGACAUGUUAGAGUGCUAUUUUCCUACCAUAAGAACAGCUUUAAGCAUAAGAUGUUGUUUCAAUACAAGAUGAAUAUGAUUUUUCUUUAAGUGUUUGAAUGAUUACAUAGAAAGGCAAACUAGAGUUACAGUGAGUUGAGACAGACACAAAUAUUGCUGUAAACUUUUUUAAGCUUUAAUUUAUUGAUCUGGAACAUGCACAUAUGGUGUUCUGGAUUAAAAAGACUUUUUUAUCUUUAGGUAAAUAUUUGUAAGAGUAAUAUCAGUGGGUGUCCACUCUGCUGCCGCUCAGCCUGUCUUAAUGAAACCUUAAACACAUUUUACAGACGUCCUUAUCAGUUGGAGUGAAUGAGCUCCGAGUCUCAGAUUGUAAAUUCCACAUCAAGGUUCCAAGUCCACUCAGCUUCCUGAUUGUAAAAACACUGAGCACAGCUGACCGGGCCAUAAAUCCCUGCUUUCUGCUGGACUGUAUCGACACCAAGUGGACAGGUGACUGUCCAAAAUCACAUCAAACCCUGUUUCCUUGUAAUAACUACAACUCACUGCAGUGCAUGAUGGGACUUCGGUGCAUUAUGAUUCUAUCAAUAUUCCUGCUAUAUUCUGUAUCCUUACAGACACAACAAACAGCACCGGCAUCAACGUUAUGUAUCUUAACCUAUUUACGAUUAAAGUCCAGUGCUGUUUCUCUUUACUCAGCACCUGCCAGAUGUUCGUCGCUCUUAAAGCAAAGCUCUGUAAUGCACUGACCACACAAUCACACGGUCAGAGUGGACCACAGAACUUUGCCUGAGGAGCCGUGUGUUCAGGUUGAGGUUAUACAUUAUCUCCAGUGUUACUAGAAGUGUAGCUAGUAGUGGUGUAGCGUGAGAAAACUAGCUAGCUUGCAACCAUCUGGUGAUCCAUGAUGUUGAAUAGCAAAACCUGCUUGUUAUAUUACGUACUAAAUGUACAUUUUCUACCACCUUGGCUAGCUACAGCCACGCUAGCUGUAGUUUAGUUAGCUGCUUAUUCUUAUUAGUGUGUAGUUUAACAACAGCUAGUUGUUUAUCAGAGCAGUAGUCUCGACAUUGCUUAAUGGCAGCUAAGUUAAUAGGGCAGAAUUCCUUUCUCAACACCGAUCACAACAUUUUUAAAAAUGUGACAUCAGGUUAUUAAUAUGUUGUAGAUUUGUAUUAGAAGCCUGCAGGGUUCAGUCAAGGUCUAGGGUCACUCACGUAGUCCCGUGGGUCCUGGGAAAAAACACAGAUGGCCAUUCCUGAUUUCAGUGAAGUGACGUUGCAGAAACACACAACUUAGUGACAAUGAACAAAAAAUAAGACAAACGUUACACAUAAUGGAUUUACACGUGAAAACAGUUUCAGUUCAUCGGCUAUGAAAUGUUUGUCAGUGAUAAGUCUCUGUGUUUGACAUUUCACCCUGAGCAUUAUGGGUCAUUUAACAAAAGCUAAGGAGUUUGGAGACGGUCAAAAUGUCAGUUCUAAACUAAUCAAACAUUCACGUUUUAUUCACGUUUUUAGAUUCUGAAAUGCAAACAACAAAUUUAUUUACUUCUUCCACCCUCAAAGGUACACAGAUGACCUUUAUGGUAUAUUCAACUACAUUAUACAUUAAAUAAAGUAGUCUACUGUCUUAUAUAAUCUUUACAUUUCAUGACUUGAUAGUCUUUUAUACUUUCUUUGUUUUACAAAGCAGUGAAUGAAUCCACCAACCUGUGACUGCUCACUCAAGUGUCCAGGGCUUUAAGCCUUUAAACGUGUACUGCAUCUCCUCCUCCUCCUCCUC